CGACGGUAUCGUCAUGACUAGCACCACCACUGCUAUCUUCGACGCCUUCAGGCAGGACCUCGACGAGCAUAAUGACCGGCGAGAGCGUCUCAUCAAGGCUAGCCGUGAUAUCACCAAUAUUUCAAAAAAGGCCAUCUUUCUCCUUCAUCGUGUCGUCCUCGAAGAUGCACCUGCUUCAGAGGGCCUAACACCCGCUUUACGCGCAGCGAAACGGGGCAAUGAAAAUCUUCGCCAGGUUCAGAAAAUCUACGCUAAUAUGAAGGAGGAGCUUGUCGGUGAUAGGUUCUGGCGGUACCAGCGUCAGGUCUCGCCCGGUCUACAGGAAUACAUCGAGGCGCUUAGCUUCUCACAUUUUCUCGAGUAUGGAACUUUGAUCACCUUUGAUCAGGUGCAGCAGACUCUCUGUGAUUCCGAGGGAGCACCUUAUUUUCCUUUGACCAUAUCAGACUAUAUGCUCGGCCUGUCUGACUUGACAGGCGAACUCAUGCGCUAUUCUAUCUCUGGCUUGACUAAACGAGGCGGACGAUUGCAGGCUAUGGAUACUUUGGGUUUCGUCAGGAACUGCAAAGCUGAUUUUGAAGGCUUCACGCCGUAUGUCAGAUUUUUGUCAAAGAAGCAAUCUGUGACAGCACAAUCACUUCAAAAAAUCGAAGACGCUGUAUAUGCCAUCGUAGUUCGCAGCUCUGAAUACGAUCUACCUCCGGAGAUGCUGGAUGACAUUGUUUCUCAGACGUUUUCCGAUUCUUCGGGUGACCGAAGAAGUAGAAGAAGAAAUGCCGAUAGCGAGGACGAGUUUGACGAUGAAACAGCGUAAAUUUUUUGGUGUAUGA